AUGCCAGAAGAGGAGCUGGUUGAACUCAAGUUCCGACUCUAUGAUGGGACGGACAUAGGUCCGAAUCAGUAUUCCGCAGCUUCAACAGUGGGGAUGCUCAAGGACAGGAUAGUGUCUGAAUGGCCUCGAGGUUAGAAUCGUGCGAUACGAUUUCCGUGGUUCAACCACCGAGCUGCUGUAUUGUGAUUUGACUUGCUUGUUGGUAGUUUUUGUGAUUAUUAUUUGGACACCCGAGCUCCGAACUACGUGCAUCCUCUCUAUUGUGGGCUGGAAAUCCUCCCUUACGCUCUACAUGGAUGUUGAAGGUCAACAUCUCGGCUGCAAGAGGACGGAUUGAAAAAUCCCUUGGCUGCACAGCCAGACUGCUCUAGGGCGAAACCUCAUUUCUCAACAUCUUGUUUUGGAGUAUGGAUGUUGCCAAUGAAAUAUAUUCAUACAUUUUCCUUUACGGGACAUCUAAUGUUUCUUUUUAUCUCUUUGGAGAUGGAUGGUCACCUAGUGGCUCCCACGAGCUGGUCCCCACGUUCUUUCUUGAAGGUCAUGGUAACUUAUUAGGAUCAUCUUUUGUUCAUAGGAACGAAGCAUUCCUAUUCGUUAUGUCUGAGACUCCUUAAGGCUUCAAGGGUAAUGGAUAAGUUGUUAAUGGAGUAAUCCUUGGAGAAUGGAAUUGGCUCCCCUGGUUGUAGCCUCGCCUAUGCUUUGUCUAUUCUUUUCUGUUUUCUCUGUCUAAUUGUUCUGAAUCAAAGUGUCUAUCUAAUGGAUUUGUUUAUACUGGAAAAUAAUUCUCUGCAUGUUUGAGGCUUCGAUUUAUGUUGAAUGCUGUUUCUGUGGAGUUGUCCUUUUGAUUGUGUGAUGCUUAUCGCCUGCAGAUAAAAAGAUAAUACCAAAGGCUGCUAGUGAUGUGAAAUUAAUUUGUGCGGGAAAGAUUUUGGAGAAUACCAAAACCAUUGCACAAUGCCGAGUACCUUUCGGUGAACUACCUGGGGGAGUGAUCACCAUGCACGUUGUUGUUCAACCGUUGGUAACGAAAUUAAAGACAGGUUUGUGGUGUUUGAACCUUUUUUUUCUACUCAUUCUGCUGCAUUUUUCUUCCCUCCUGCUGCGCUUCACAUUUUUCUUGAAUUGGAUAUAGCUAGGGAGGUGUUUAACAAGUGAGUAUAUUGUGUUGUGAGUUGAUCUUUCAUGUUUUGAAUGUUCCCAAAUCUAAUAAUAUGUUCGAAAUCGAAAACAGUGUUAGAUUAUACUCAAACAUUGAGAAGCUUGUAUUUUCAAUAGAAGCUGCUUAAAAAUAUGCUCCCGGUGUGCUUCUGCAUGCUGGCUGACUCAAUUUAAAUUUGGAUUUUGUGUUUGUUUCCAUCUUAAAAUGCUAGUUCUAGCGGUGCAUCCUUGAAAGGCCUUAGUUUCUUAUAGUUAUACGUAGUAUUGUGUCUAAUUUUCUAAAAGGGGAUAUCAACUUCUAGUGGAAACAUUAACCAGUUGUUUGAGGUGUGACGAGGCAGGCUUAAAUGUCUUGUCUUUUUGUUUCGGGAUCUAGUUUUUCUUCCAAACGUUAUAAAGGGGGUCUUUAGUCAUCACCUUACCUGUGGUGAGCAUGUUACUCUGUAUGUGAAUAACUAUUUAUUUCAGUAAUGAGUUUGGUCAACUGUCCAAAUUCAAAAUCACAUAAUGAAUCUAGAAUCAUGGAUCAAAAUCAUGGGAAUGUUUACAUGUUUGGUCCGUCAGACAGAAACAUGCUGGGUCCAUGGAUGUUCACUUGUUCUCUUUUUCCUCCAUUCUGCAUUAGAGACUAUACGUGGAACAAAUAGCUGUUCUAUAUUCUUUAAAGUACAUUAAUUUUAAGAUAGUUCUAUUAACGAUGCUAAGUCUGCGUUAAUAAGAAUCCGUGACCCCGUUACAUGGGAUUGUUGGGCCCUUUCUUGUUGACAAUAAGGGCAACUAUAUUCACAAUAAUCUUGUGAGUUGUGUCUAUUGGCAUCAUCCUUUGCCUCGUGAGGGGGAGAGGAAUUUAAUGAAUAAUACGUUUUCAAAAGAGUUACCUAUCAGCUGCUAGUCCUUGCAAUCUUCGACGAUCCCAUGUCCCAACCCGAAAAUAGAAAAAGGAAAAAAAGAGAAUGGAGAAAGGGCAAAGACAUUUCCUCUGUUAUUCAUCUUUCACGUUCCUAGAGAUUCUUCAAUCUUUUCACUUGCCCAACCGGACGACGGACAGCUCUUCAAUAAGUCUCUCAACUUUUGAUGAGUUAAUGCUGAAAGUGAUUGACAAAGGUAAAACAGAAUGCUCUUUUUUUUAUACUCUUGGAUUGAUCUAAUUCUGUCCAAUUGAAAAUGGGAAAACGAUUAUCGUCUCUACUCGUUGCCUAUUUUUUUUAGAAGCCCUGCUAAUCCUUGGACACCUCAAAGGAUAACAACUUGUGCUGUAGCGCCAUCAUGCUGUAUGAAAUAUUGCGGUGCUCCUGCUCUAGACAUUAGACAUAAUGCUGCAUGGUGUGCCACCCAUGUACACAUUGAUUUCCAGGUAAAGGGGGAUUCUUGCACAAAAUCUGACAGUGGGAUCCUUCUUUGUCCGUUCAGAGAAGAAGGUGGAGGAACUACCGAGGAGGACGCUCUGCUCGUGCUCUAUACUUUAG